AUGGUGGGGUUGUGCUUGGCUGCAUGGGCUGGCGCCAAUGGCUUGGACAACGACCCAAUCCUGGCGGUUGGUGAUGACGGUACGCUUUACAUCAACACGAGCAGUCGGGUCGUGGUCAACGGGAUCGACAUUAUUGAGCAGUUGCAGCAGGUGCGCGCCACGCAACAGCGGUAUGAAGCCAACUUUGACAUUAUCUUCCGCUCUGAUCCGGGCUCGGCCUGGGUCCCACCUUCGCAACGAGUCAUAACCAUCGAAGCCAACGGGGCACGAGCCGUGACUGCUGUCGACCUUGAUGGCGAUGGGUACUGCGAUGUCCUCAGCGCCAGCUCCGGGGAUGCCAAAAUUGCCUGGAGCCGCAAUUUAGGCAAUGGUACCUUUGCGUCACAGAGCGUCAUUACGCGCGAAGCAUUAGGAGCCAUGAGCGUGUUUGCCGUUGACAUUGAUGGUGAUGAUCAUAUUGAUGUCGUCAGCGCCAGUUCUACGGACCACAAAGUGGCCUGGUACCGCAACUUUGGCAACGGCACGUUUUCUGGGCAAAAGGUGAUCACUCAAGCUGCCACCAACGCCAAAGCCGUGUACGCUGCUGAUCUGGACGGCGAUGGUGACAUGGACGUGCUGAGUGCGAGUGCCGCCAGCCCUAGCGUGGCCUGGUAUCGCAACAACGGCUCGGGCGACUUUGGUACUCCCCUCGGCAUUAUGCCCUCUAGCAUUGACAUCGCCUGUGUCGUGGCUGUGGAUAUCAAUGGUGACACCUUUCCGGACGUCCUCGUCCUCUCCGCGGAGACCGGCAUGCUCGCAUGGUUUGCUAAUCAAGGUGACGCCUCCUUUGGCCCCCAAUCCACCAUAGCCCAAAGCGGGAACUACGGCUAUGCGCUGCAUGGUGAUGGUACAUUUUCAUCAGGCAUCCUGCUGAGUAAUGCCUUGGACACUGUGCGGGGUGUAUCUGCCGCCGACCUGGACAACGAUGGCCACGUGGAUGUGCUCAGUGCCAGCUAUUCCGACGACAAGAUUGCUUGGUACCGCAAUGACGGCAUGUGGGGCUACUUUGCACGGUACCUUUAG